AGCUGUCCAUCCGCUGUGGUGCAAGAAGAAGAAAGUUCGAGGAAAGAUGCAUGAAGAGAAUGACAGCAAAGAAUGUUCUCCAAAAGAUACACGGAUUAUGUCCUUUAAAUCCGUGGAUGUGGCUGAAGUUGAAGCAGCAAAGGACCAAGCCCCGAAAUUAUGCGGUUAUUUAAAUAAACUUGCUGGAAAGGGGCCUUUAAGGGGAUACAAACCCAGGUGGUUCGUUUAUGAUCCCAGGAAGUGUUAUUUGUAUUACUUCAAGACUCCUCAGGACGCUCUGCCUCUGGGACAUAUAGAGAUAGCCGAUGCGUGCUUAAGCUAUGAUGUUGAGGGGGAUGAAGGGCAGUUCGAGAUCCGGACCUCGGGGAAGGAAUUUCUUCUCAAGGCCCCUAACAGGCAGGUGAUGCAUUACUGGCUCCAGCAGCUCCAGCAGAAACGCUGGGAGUUCAGUAACACCAGGGGGUCUGGCCAGAGAGACAGCUGGAGCUCUCCAACCCUCCUCUACCCACACACGGGCCUGGUAGCCAAAGAUGCAGAUGCUUUCCUCUUUGAGAAGUCCAGCGAGAGCAUGGAGAAAGUCCGCAGUGACUUUUCCAUGGAGAUGGAUACCGAAAGUAUGGUGGGGGUCCAGUCAGCCAGAGGACCAGCUGGCACAUCCACCCUCAACUCCCUCAAACACUGGGGCACAGAGAUCAGGAACUCAAUGUCACACCUGCGGGCGGGGCGGGGCACGGACAACCGGCGCAGUGUUUUCUAUACAGGCAACUCGGAGGACUGGGAGCUGGUGGAUGCUCCAGCCAGGGACAGCCCUGAGCAGAAACCUCACCCAGACACCCACAGACAUUCGAUUGUGUCGCAUUUCAACUUUGAUUUUGCACGUGCUACGCGCUCUAAGAGACCCUUCCUGCGGGACAUGAUGGCCUCAGGGAAGUUUGGCCGUGGGACGGAGAGUCGCAGUCCCGAGAGCCCCCCGGUGGAGUGUAACGGCACCAAACCCAACAAGUUGCAGCUUUGUCUUCAGAGUCAGCAGGAAGAGCUGGGCCUUAUGCACCAGGAACAGACCAAACUUCGAGAAGAGCUGGCAAGCCAGAAGGAGCUGGUGAGGCUUCUACAGCAGACCCUGAGGAGCUCCCAGUGUGAACAAUAUCCAGCAGGCAGCCCUACUGCGGACUCAACCCCAGGUCAAGAUCCAAGCCUAGAACCAGGCCCAGGGGGAGAUAAGCAACAAGCCCAGGCCCAGGCUCUCCUCCAGGAGAGGGAGGAGCAGAUCAAGGCCCUGUGUGGCCAUAUGGAGCGGCUUGGCCUGGAGAAGGAGAGCCUACAGCAAGAGCUGAAGGGCCUGAAAAUCAAGGUGGGUGAGAUCAAUGACCAGCUUGGUAUGCUGAUGGAGACAAUCCAGGCCAAGGAUGAAGUCAUCAUCAAGCUCUCCCAGCAGAGUGGUGAGGGUUGCGACGGUUCCCCAGAGGGCAGCUCACCACCCCCAAACAAGGACCAGCAGGAACUGGACAACCUCAAGGACAGUCUAGAAGGAUACAAGUCUCAGAACAAGUUCCUGAACAAAGAAAUCCUGGAGCUUACCGUUCUACGCAGGAAUGCAGAGAGCAGAGAGAAAGCAAUGGAGGCGAAGUACACAGUCCUAGAGGCCCAGCUGUGCCAGGUGGAGAGUAAGUACCUGGUUCUGCUCCAGGAGGUGAAGACCCCAGUGUGUUCAUUCUCAGAGCAGACUCAGGCCAGCGAGGUCAUCUCCAGAUUGCUCGAGGACGCCCUGCAGGUUGAGACCACUGACGUGCAAGAACACACCAUCUUCAAGCCACAUCCCGUCAGUGAGUAUGACGUAUAUGGUUUCAAAACGGUCCCUGAGGAGGAGGAUGAGGAGGAGAAGCUGGUGGCCAAAGUUAGGGCCCUGGACCUGCACUCACUCUCCCUGACCGACAAGGAGGUGUCUGUGGGGGUGAAGUGGGAGAACUACCUGUCCAGCACCAUGAACAGGGAGAUGGUGCGCUCCCCGGAGCUCAAGACCCUGAUGCGAAGCGGAGUGCCUCAUGUGCACCGUUCCAAAGUGUGGCGCUGGUGCGUGGCCUUCCAUGUCAAGAAAUUCCGUGACAGCUUAGCGACAGACUACUAUGAAACCCUCCUGCGUGUGGCCCGGGAGAAACCCAACCCGGCCUCCAAACAGAUCGAGCUGGACCUGCUGCGAACUCUUCCUAACAACAAGCACUACUCCUCCCCCAGCGCAGAUGGCAUCCAGAAACUCAGGAACGUGCUGAUGGCCUUCUCCUGGAGGAACCCAGACAUCGGCUACUGCCAAGGCCUCAACAGGCUGGCAGCCAUUGCGCUUCUCUAUCUAGACCAGGAGGAUGCCUUUUGGUGCCUCAUAGCCAUUGUAGAAGUCUUCAUGCCUCGGGACUACUACACCAAGACACUGCUGGGCUCACAGGUUGAUCAGCGUGUGUUUAAGGACUUGAUGAGUGAGAAGCUGCCCAGACUCCAUUCACACUUUGAGCAGUAUAAGGUUGACUUCUCCCUCAUCACUUUCAACUGGUUCCUGGUAGUGUUUGUGGACAGUGUGGUCAGCGACAUCCUCUUCAAGAUAUGGGAUGCCUUCCUCUAUGAGGGGCCUAAGAUCAUAUUUCGCUGUGCCCUUGCGCUCUUCAAGUACAAAGAGGAGGAGUUUUUGAAGUUGCAGGAUUCCAUGGCUAUAUUCAAGUACCUCCGCUGUUUCACACGCACAAUCCUGGACUCAAGAAAGCUGAUGAACAUGGCAUUUGUGGACAUGAACCCAUUUCCUCUGAGGCAGAUCCAGAACAGACGCACCUUCCAUCUGGAGAAGGUCCGCUUGGAGCUAACAGAGCUGGAGGCCAUCCGACAGACCUUCCUCCGGGAAAGGGACAGCACUGUGGACGGAAGGACCUACAUCAGUGAGGAUGAGGAAGACAACUAGCUAGCUGGCAAUGUGGCAAUGAUUCAAUUUCUCUGGCUCAUGUACAGUACAAACCAAACAAGGAGACAGGAGUUCAUGUUUUUUGACUAUAGUGUUGGGUACAACAUGCCUUGCAAGCCAAGCCAAUUGCAUGCUCUACUUGUUUACUGCCUGAGAGGUGAAGCUGGCAGUCUCCUGCAUUUCAUGAAGCUCUGUGGAUUCUGUGGACCAAAAUGUUAUUACCAAACUGUUUUUGUAUCAGUAUUCCAUCCAUCUUUUGUAAAUGUCUUAAUUAGUUUGUUUGUGUUUUGGUCAAGGGACUGAGAGCUAAGAGGUUGGAAUACCAAACAGAAUUAUGUUUAGUAUGUCCAGUUCCAUAUUACAAUGUGUUUGCAAGCUCAGACUUGCUAUCAGUAUUUUCAAAGAAACAGUCUUUGGAGUAGAGAGCUUUUCCUAGUGGAGGGAGAGAUUGUAUUUUCAAUGAUAAAACAUUCUAUAGCUUUUAAGAUGAAACUUCACUGGAAUGUUUUAGACUUUUUUUUACAAACCACAUUCUAAGUUGCUGUUUACUAACUCCUGAGUAAGAAUCACACUCUAGGAGAUUCCUUAUGUCUGUCAAGCACUUGAAUCACUUUGACACAGUUUCCAUAAAUACUAAAUCAGGAGUGUGUUCCACACUCCAGGAAUGGUUUCUUGGUAUUACUGAUGGAGGAGGUAAAGGAAUAGUAGCCUACCUGGAACCACACCGGUUCCAGGUACUUUCACAACUGCACACAUAAUGGGGACGGAACUUACUAUAUUACACUUAAUUUUCACACACCUGUCCUCCCCAUUAUUUGACAUUUUUACAAUGAUUGACCAAAUGUGGCCAUGAUUUUGUGUAGACAUGGGGUAUGUUCCUCAGUGUUAUACUUGGAUUGUGUCUAUGGCACUAUAUCUAGGAACUAUCGUUUUUAGGCCUGUCAUGUCAGUUCACUUGUUCACCUCUAGGAGGCAGUAUUGGCUAGUUGGUUAGUUUCAAGCUCUGCGUCACAACUCUGAAACCGUCCUUACCAUAGUAAAAAAAGAAAUCCUCAUUCAAUUUAUAUUAAAACAUGAUUUAUUUUCAUUUGUUCUUGACUUCCUAACUAAUAUCCAUUUCUGCACCCCAGUUACUGUGCAUGUUGACUAUGAUUGUAGUUAUCAUGCAGUCCUAUAUUUGUACCAUAUAUCUUUGCUUUUUUCAUUAAAAUAAGAUAGUAGGCCUGUGUGAAAGUCCUUUGAUGUUAUCCAUAGCACCAAUCUAUCUUUGUCCAAUAUAUCAUUAAAUUCAAUUGAAUGUUACACAAUUGUUCAGUGCCGCAUUUGUACAACAAUGUAUCAGGAUAUUUUAUACCUAUGUGGUUAUCCAAUAAAUUUGUUAUUGUAUAAUGUGCUCAUGUUUCUGUCCUUGUACUUAGAAAUCUAUGCAUAUGCCACAAUAGGUAAUUGAGGAGGUUUAGUGGCAUAUCUGGAGAAGGGGAUCCCUCACCGAAUUGCUCCUCCCAAGGUUUCUUCCAUUUUAUCUCUACUAGUGCAUAGUGCCGUGAUAAAAUUGGUGGCACACACACACAGAUUCCUGUAAUUAUAGACAGGGCACAGUUCCCGCGCUGAUGUUGGUGACAUACACAGAUUUCUGGAAUUAUAGAUAGUGCAACCACUCAGUGGUUUUGGUACCUAUAUUUCUCAGAUCACCAUUGACAUUUUCUGUCAUCUCUGAAGUACUUGUUCAACCUCCACAUCUAUUCUAAAUUUACCAAUGCUAGCCUACAUUCAUGCUAAUGAUUAUGUAGCCUUCAUUUGUCUGCUGUUACCUACGUUAUAUUUUAAAUAAGUAUGCAUACUUAUUAAUUAUGAAGAUAGCAUAGAUUAAAAAGCAUACAUUUGUUGCUGCUCAUUUACACUUCAAAAUACUAAGAGUGAAGUGUAGAAUGAAACAGGGUUCUGUUGUAAUUUCCCUAAGUGCAAGAGGGAAUGGUGAUAGGC